AUGGCCGGAAAUGUCAUCCUCCGGUGGACAGAACAUCGUCGAUUUAUGAAGUCAUUAUCCCGUCGAGGCAUCAGGAGCGAAGAAAAAGACCAUCACAAUGACUACGUUUAUCCCAUCCAUUACUAUUCCGUACGCGGUGUUCGAGAACCCGCGGCGAGUAUCCUCCUUCCUAUUGCUCUAGGAACAGCAGUCGGAUUUGGAACUCGACCUGCGGAGCCCGAAAAACUUAUGCGGGCAUCAAGCAGCCUCCCUACAGGCCUCCCCGCGAGGUCUUCCCCCGUAUGGACGGCGCUCUACGGGCUCAUGGGUUACGCGGCCCACCGCGCCAUCACCACUGGCUUAAACCCUAUGUCUUCCACUGCCGCCCACCAAGAUGCAAAGAGCAGCGCCACCCUCUACACCAUCCAACUUGGUCUCAACCUUGCAUGGAUGCCUCUAUUCUUCGUAGCCAAACGCCCGAUUGAAGCGACUAUCGAUGCUGCCGCGUUGUUUGGUAUCAAUACCUACCUGACCUACCUCUGGGGAGGCAUUGAUGAGGUUGCCGGGUGGUGCAUGGUUCCCUAUGUUGCGUGGUUGGGUUUCGCGACCUACCUUAGCGCAGGCGCCGGGUACCUGAACAACUGGAACCUCAAGGGCAAGAAGGCUAGUGAUAAGGAUUACUAG